CAGAAGUUCAGAUUUUUACUCAGCCCAUCAUCAGUAGCGUUGUGGCUGUGGGUUCGAACAAACUCAAACAGCAGCAGCAGCGGUCAGCCAUUCUCUUAUUAUGGGAGAUACAGCUUGUGUCAUGCACCCAUUCUCUUAUGCUUCUUCUGCUAUGUCCAAUGAACUCAACCAGGGGAAUCCCAUGCAUGUUCUCGGGGAAUCGGUUUCAUUUGGGAGGUUCGUUUCAGAAUCUUUAGCUUGGGAGAAAUGGUCCACCUUCUCCCACAACCGGUAUGUUGAAGAGGCCGAGAGGUAUGCCCAGCCUGGUUCGGUUGCCCAGAAGAAGGCUUUCUUUGAAGCUCAUUACAAGCGUAUUGCCGCUAAAAAGGCCGCAGCUUUGCUUGAGCAAGCUAAUGCCGCCGCAGAAGCUGAAAGCUUGGUUACUUCCCCCGAUAACAGCGUACCUCACUCGCAGCCCCUCGCCUUGAAUUCUACCCAACAAUCACCGGAGCCUGAGGAUCCAAAGCCUGAGUCCGUGAUUGUCAUCCUGGCUGCGAACCGCCAAAAUUCAAAUCAAGAGCUCAUGGAGCCAGAGACACCACUUGAGACGCCUAUGAAGAAAGAUUCACCAAAUCUCCAGGACAAUUUGGAGAUGGCUUCUGGAUCAGAGCUUAGCGGAACGCCUCAAAUGGAGAAGCCUCUGUUGAAGCAGAGUAUCACCUCCGAUCAAGAUGUUUCAUCAGUGAAGAGCAAGAAAAAGUCUGCGUUCUCUUCGUUCAAGUCAUCCGUCUAUCGUAAAACACCAAAAGUCCCAGCCACUCCUGCCAAGCCCGUUACACCUCGCAUCAAGAAAGAAAGCAACUCCAGUGCGAGUGCGACUUCAGCCGCCACUCCGAUCACCAUCAAGUCCUCAUCAGACUAUGUGGAAAAGAAGAAGGGAUCAACUCCCAAAUCCCUGCGCACAUUUAUCAAUUCAACACCUGCUAAAGUUGUUCUUACCCCUGCUGCUAACAGAAAGACGGAGAAUUCACGGAUUGUUCCCGAUUCUUGCAAGGCUUCUCACCAUUGCUUGACCACUCCCCUGAGGACCCCAGAUGCGGCAGCUAAAUCUAAUAUGUCCAAGCAUCCUGCAGCAACAACCCCGUGUCCAGCAAAUACGAGGAAUGAAACACCAGUUGAUGGAAACAAAACAACAGGUCCAAAAUGGCAUAUUUUAUCUGCAGUUUGUUCCAAGUCCUUGACCGCUCGCCGAAACAAAUUACAGUCGCCUACUCUAUCUUCCACUCCGCUCAUCUUGAGGACGGAAGAAAGAGCUGCAAGAAGAAAACAGAAGCUUGAAGAGAAAUUCAAUUCGAAGGAGCUACAGAAAGUGCAGCUACAAACCAAAUUAAAGGAAAAAGCAGAAUCGGAGCUGAGAAAAUUGCGUCGAAGUUUUUGCUUCAAAGCUCGCCCUCUUCCAGAGUUCUACAAGGAACGGGAAACACAAAGCAGUCACACUAAAAAGAAUCCAGUUACACAAUCUCAGUCACCUAAACUGGGAAGAAAGCUCAGCUCCAGGACAAUGCAAGGCACGAUGCCAGUCUCACUUCCACCACCAGCAACCUCUUUAAACAAGAACGGCAUAUCCAAGCAUGUUUCCGGGAAGAAUGGUCGAACUGCUACUAGCUUCCCAGCUUCACGACCAGAAAUCAUCAACCAUGAGAAUGCAUCCCCGAAUAUUCCGUAUUGACGAUUUAGUGGUCGGGCCUAAUGCUUAUUAUAAUCCAUUAGAACCCCUCUAAGAUGUAGUUUUCCAGAGCAGUAGCCAUACGCAGAGUCUGUAAAAUUUCAUAUCCGGACAGAUUGAAAUGUGCACAUAAACUAUGGUUGUGUUUCACUUAGCAGGCUAGCAGCAAUGUACAAAUUCUUCUGCGGAGGGUGGAAGGUUAAAGAUCCAGUCAUCCAAGA